UGCUCUUGUGCAACAAUCUAUAUGGGUCGAUCGUUCAGGCCGCGCUGACAUCUAAAAGUAUUUGUCUUACGCACUAUACUAACUGCUUGUUUCUCACUUUGCGUCAUUCACGAUCCCCUUCCUCUCCUACACCUUCAUAUGAUGAAAUCCGGAGCUCGAUAACCCUACCUCAACCACACGAGUUGCACAUGUACACAGUCCCAUCUAUCUGAUAAGAUGAGUGCAAGGACGCUGACGAAUGUUGUAAAUGACCAAACGGUUGCCUUGAACGCACUCAUUUUUGGAUAUGCAGGCCACUCUUUAGUGACCCCUCAGCACGCCCUUCAGCAGAUAUGGUGGACCGACGAGAGAAUCAAUGAGAAAGUGACAACAGAAUUCAUAACGUCUAGACUGCGGCCAAACGAAAGGCAAUGGUUGGACCGCCCGGUGGGCUUCGGAGACUUAACAAGCGAUACCUAUAUGGACUGGAUAUUGGAACGAGCGCGAAGGCUGUUCUUGGUAUUAGUAGAGGUCGGGGCCUCCGAGAAGAUCUUUACUGUCGUAGAGAAGUCGUGGGACGAUGACGAUCUGCCACUGCAGAUGGAAGAUAUUGAGAAGCUAUCGCUGUCGAACAGAAAGAAUGAUCAACUCAACACCCGAUUCUUCCACACGCAAUUCACGUUCCUACUCCGAGAGCUACGCGAAGGCGUUCAUAUCGACUACGCCCCGAAUGAAGUGCUGCCCUUAGAAUAUGUCAUGGGCCUUCCGCCUGCAGUCACACUUCAAAACUGGUCGCGGGUCCACCCGCCAAAGAAACCUAAUGAGGUAUAUGUUCGAAGGAAGUUUGCUCUAGGAAACGCUGAGUCUCCCGACGCGUUUGAAUCGGACUUCUUAAUGGACGUGGAGAGUUCGAGGAUGGUGGAGCAUGAGCAUAUCGCGCCGGUGUGGUCUUCGUAUACUGUGAAGUGGACUGGAUACACCCUAACGAACUUCGUCGGCCAGCACACGCUUAGAACAUUCAUUGACCACCGAAAUCCGGCGCAGUACCAGAGGCUACCUAAGCCUGAACGGAGAUAUCUACUACUGAAUUGGCUUCAUUGCUUGUCUGAUGCACUUACUACACUCCACCAGAGCGGCUUUACUCAUUCUUGCAUAAGGCCAUCGAACAUUCUAAUCGACGAACACAACAACAUUGCAUUCAGCGACAUUGGCAGCUUGGAAACGUUCCAGAGGGAUAAAAGGCCAGACGCUAUGGAAGCAUAUGUAUACGGUGCGCCGGAGGCUCAUACAUCUGCCCAACCCUUCGAUCCCAGUGUCCCAGUCUCUUCACCCAAUGUCAAUACAGCUCGUCAACCAUCGGUCGCAAGUAAAAGCUCUUCGGGUUCUUCGAACAGCAAUGGCUCGCAGCGGCAGAAGCUGACCAAAACUCCGGCAAAUGAUUUUUCCGGUUUCAAUUUCGGAUUCAGAAAGACCAAGCCUGCGCCAAAACCAAGGUCUCGUAUCCACGAAACGGAAAAGGCGGACGUAUUUUCUCUAGGAUGCGUGUUCCUGGAAAUCAUAACCUUUAUGAUGAAGAAGAAGCCUCAUGACUUCAUCAAGCACCGCUCUUCAAAGCAGAGGGUAAAUACAGGAGGCAAAAAUUCCCGGACCGAUUCGUCGUUCCAUGGAAACCUCGAGAGAAUAGAAACAUGGAUGAAGGUUAUCGAAGAUGCCUCAUUCCAACACGACGAUGACGCGUUUCGUGCGGUCCCGCUUAUCAUAAACCUGAUCCGAAGCAUGCUCAGUCGAGCACCUCAUAUUAGGCCGUCUGUAAGAGUCGUUCGCGAUAGGCUCCUAGAAAUCCUACUCCAUUAUACUGCCAUACCCGAUAUCCACUGUGGCGCUCACAAGCACGAUAUCGGCGUAGCGACUUCAUCGCAUUCCGGCUCUGAUCAAGCCUCAACCAUAUCUUCUAUUCGAUCCUCCUCACUAUCGACGAUGAGCUCUAUCUCAGACAUCUCAGACACAGACACGAUUCGCUACUCCACAACAUCCACCACGCGAGUAUCCUCGAUUCUAAACUCAUAUCAUGACCGGUGUUCAAUGCUCUCAGAAAUAUCAGAGCUCGACGAUAGUGCAUCAAAUUGUGCCACCUCCCCUGAGUCCCCCCAUUUCCCCGCGGUCCUCAAAACCACCAGUCUCACCGAAAUCUCCACAAUCGCCAAGCUCAUCAAAUGUGAAUCGGAGUAA